GGGGGUGAAUGCUUCAGCCAUUCACUGCAGAGUGACCACACCUCUUCCACUGUUAAUGUUCACAGUAACAACCAUUUUAUGAGCGCACUUUGACCUCGUCUUCAUUUGAGCCGACACACGCAUCAGGACUCCAUGAUGGAUCAUUCUAAGGACGGACUUCCUGUCGUCUUCCUUCUCCUUACACUCUUUUGUGGAGGUGGUUCUCUGCCAAUCGAUCCGCCUCAGCUCGUCACGGCGAUGGUCGGUGAUGACGUCGUUCUGCCCUGUCAGCUGGACCCCCCCGUGGAUGCUGUUGCCAUGACGAUGGAGUGGGGCCGAGCGGACUUGGAGCCCAGAUUCGUCCUUGUGUGGCACGAUAAAAAGGAGCUGCUGGCUGACCAGAACCAGGCCUUCAAGGGCAGAGCUUCAUUGUCCAUCAGCGGGCUGCAGCAUGGAGACGUGUCUCUGAUGCUGUCCUCCGUGAAGGUGUCUGACAGCGGGACGUACAGGUGCUACCUCCAGGAACUCAACCAGGAGCAUCAGGUCCAGCUGCUUGUAGGUGCGUCCUCGUCCCCUGCGAUCAGCCUAGCAGGCCUCCACCUGGCCAGCAGCGCUGUGGUUCUUCACUGUGAGUCCAGAGGCUGGUACCCGGAGCCAGAGAUGCUGUGGAUGGACUCUGAGGGGAAGCCCCUCUCUGCUGGACCUCCAGAGACCCUCAGAGGGCCUGGUGACCUCUACAGCGUCAGCAGCAGCGUGACGGUGGAGAAGAGACACAGCAACAGCUUCACCUGUAGAGUCCAGCAGAGGAACAUCAACCAGACCAGAGAGACUCUCAUCACGGUUCCAGACGACUUCUUCGUGUCUCCGGCUAGUUGCACUCCUUGUGUCGCCUUCAGUGUUGUGUUUGCCUUCCUGUUUGUCAUCGCUGGUGUUCUUCUGCUCUGGAGAUGGAGACAGAACAUAACAGACACAACGACACAGCAGCCUUUGAUGGAGGAGGAGAGAAGAAAAGAGGAGGUAAAGAACAUGGAGGAAGAUCUCAAGAAGAAGGAGGAAGAACAGAAGGAUUUAAUGCAGGUCAUUGAUACUCUGACAGAAGGGUUUAAUGCACUGAAUGAACAGAAAGUAAAGGUUGAAGAGCAAAUAAUGAAGCUACAGAAACAAGAUGAGGAAAAUGAUGAGAAGGUUGUUUCAGUGGAGAGAGAUGAAACAGAGAAGACAGAGGGCAAAGGUCAGGGACACCUCAAAAUGAAAAGAAUCAUAACAGAGAACAACUGGAAGCUGCAGGAGAGGAAAGAAGAACUUCAACAACUGACUGUGAACUUAGAUAAAAUAUCAAAGAAAUCAGAAGAAGACUUGAAGAGGUUCAAAGAGAGGAAGAAGAGUUUAGAUAUCGAUGUGGAGAAAAUAAAGAAACAUCUGGAGGAGAUACAGAGGAAGCUCAGUGAGAAGGAGGGAGGAGAUAAAAGAGGGAGGAGGAGACAGGAAAGAGGGGAGUAGGGGGAAGGAGGAUCA